ACUCAUAUUCUCUCUUGUUCAGUGGGAAUGCAGAAUUUGUGUACAAUUGUUGGAAUGAAAGUCCAGUAAUAUUACUUUUUACAAUUUGAAAUGUGGGUGAAAUCUUGAUGUUUCUUUUUUUUUUUCUUCUUUUUGUCAAAAAGGGCAGAGAUGGUGAAUUUGAAACCUUAACUCACACUUAAUUAGUUUGAAACUUAUCUUACCUCUAGAUCAAAUGCUAACCAAGAGAUAACAUGUUAUUUAGGAACUUGAAAAUUCUAUUGAAUUAGGAUUCUUGCGUGAACUAUGAAAUUCUGAUUACUCACUUUUGCAUGAUGUCUGGAUGUGAUCUAACUGCCUUUUUAGCUUUUGUUUAUUACCAUACAUCUUCUUUUUGUUACACCAAUUGGUCAAAACUGGUGUGAGUGUGGGACUGGAUUUAACAGCGGAGACUGGACAGUGUGGGUUCAUUUGCUUUUCUUCUUUACAGAUGUGUGCACAUCAUUCCUGAUCGUGAAAACGCGUGGGAAACAUAACAAGGAAACUUCCUCCUCAGCACCUUUGCUGUAUCAGUGACUGGAGAAUCCAAUGUACUCUUCCUCUUUCUUCUCCAAACUCCAGAAACUCUUUCACAGUCUCUCUUGUUGUCGCAUAGCUUUCAAUGGUGAUCAUCGAAGAAGCCUCUCAUCCAUGGACAUACCAUGUCUUUCUGAGUUUUAGAGGUGAGGAUACACGCAACAAUUUCACAGGCCAUCUGUGCAGCGCUUUGCGUCGGGAGGGAAUCGACACCUUCAUGGAUGAUCAGCUCAGACGAGGAGAAGAAAUAUCACCAGCACUUCUCCAAGCAAUCGAAGGGUCGAAGAUUUCAAUCAUUGUGUUCUCUAAAGACUAUGGAUCCUCCAAGUGGUGCUUGGACGAACUUGUCAAGAUCCUCGAGUGCAGGAAAUCAAUUCAACAAAUGGUUCGACCAGUUUUCUACAAAGUCGAUCCCUCGGAUAUACGAAAUCACAGAGGUAGCUUUGGGCAAGCACUAUGCAAAUUCAAGGAUAACAUGGAGAAGGUUGAGAAAUGGAAAAAGGCUCUCUCAGAAGCAGCAAAUUUGUCUGGGUGGACUCUCUCAGAACAUUGCUCUGAAUCCAGUGUUAUUCAUGAAAUUGUUGAAGAGAUUUCAGAGCAAGUGAUAAGCAGUACAUAUUUGGAUGUGGCUAAGUACCCAGUAGGAAUAAAACCUCGGGUGCAACAGAUCCGUAACCUUUUAGGUGUCGGGGGAAGAGGUGUUCGUAUGGUAGGGAUAUGGGGGCCCGGAGGAAUAGGCAAGACAACAAUUGCCAAAGCUGUCUAUAACUCAAUUACUCAUAAAUUUGAUGGGAGUUGUUUUUUGGAAAAUGUUAGAGAAAAUUCAAUGGGUGCCAAAGGCUUUGUCAAACUACAAAAGAAACUUCUUUGUGAGAUUCUAAAGGGAACAAAAUUGAAGGUGACCAAUGUAGCAAGAGGAAUCACUAUGAUUAAGGAAAGGUUGCAAUACAAAAGUGUUCUCAUAGUUCUUGAUGAUGUAAAUGGCAUGGAUCAGAUAGAUAACUUAGCUGGUCAAUGUAGUUGGUUUGGAAUGGGUAGUAGAAUCAUCAUAACAACAAGGGAUAAGCAAUUGCUGAGGCAUCAUAAUGUUAAUAAUUUAAUAUACGAGGUCCAGAAAUUGGAUCAUCAUGAAGCUCUCGAGCUAUUAAGUAUGAAUGCCUUUAAAAGAAGUCGACCUUUGGAUGCUUAUGCAGAACUCACAGAACGUGCAAUACGCUAUGCUCAAGGCCUUCCGUUAGCUUUGACUGUUUUAGGUUCUUCUCUAUGCAAUGAAACUGCAGAGCUGUGGGGAGCUGCAUUAGAUGGUUUCAAAAGCAGCGAAAUUCAAGAUGUUUUAAAAAUAAGUUACAACGGAUUGGAUCACAUAGUGAAGGAAGCUUUUCUUGACAUUGCAUGUUUCUUUAAAGGUGAAGGUAGAGCACACGUGAUUGAAAUAUUAGAAGCUUGUGGUUGCAAACAUGCUAAGAUUGUUAUCAAUGUGCUCGUAGAAAAGGCCCUCAUUAGAAUUACAUACCAUGAUUCCAUUUGGAUGCAUGACUUGGUAGAAGAAAUGGGUAGAGAUAUAGUUCAUGAAUUGUCACCCAAUGACCCUAGAAACCGAAGCAGGUUGUGGUUUCAUGAAGAUGUUUACCGUGUUCUAACAGAGAAUAUUGGAACAACCAAUGUUAUAGGCAUCAAGGUGCAGCUGCCCGAAGAUUCAGAUGUGAUAUGUUUAUGCGGUACCACUUUCUCCAACAUGCGAAAUCUUAGACUUCUCAUACACCGUGCUGGACACUAUUCUGGAGUUGUUGAUAGUCUGCCAAAUAGCUUAAGGGUAGUUGAUUGGCCUGACUGUGCCCUACAAUUCUUGCCAUCCAAUUCAAUACCAAAACAACUUGCUAUAAUCAAUAUGCCUAGGAGUCGCAUCACAGUAUUGGGAGAUGGAUACAAGGAUCUGAUAAAUCUCACAUCAAUAAAUUUAAGUCAUUGUCAAUACCUAACAAAAGUGUCAGACUUAUCAAAAAUCCCACACCUAAAAAGUUUGAAUCUAGCUGGCUGUGAAAAUUUAGUUGAAGUGCAUUCUUCUGUUGGAUUCCUCGAUAAACUUGACUAUUUGAAUCUUUUUUACUGCCCUGGGCUUGAGACUUUUCCAACGGAAGUUAGUUGGAAAUCCAUGAGGAAGCUUCUGCUUCCCUAUUGUGAAAGGCUUGAGAAUUUCAUAAACAUUGUGCACAAGAUGGAGUCCAUUAAAGAAUUGGAUCUACGUGGAAGUGGCAUAACAGAACUGCACUCCUGGAUUGGAUGUUGCACGUCCUUGGGAGUUUUGAAGUUGAGUGAAACUCCGAUCAAACAACUGCCUUCAACGAUUGAAAAUCUUACUUCUUUAACAUAUUUGGAGCUGUCUGUAACUCCCCUUAAAGAAUUGCCUUCAUCGAUUGGAUGUCUCACUUCCUUGAUUGAAUUGAACGCGAAUGGAAGUCUCAUCGAAGUACUGCCUUCAUCAAUUGGGAAUCUCACUUCUUUAGGAGGAUUGGACUUGUCUGAAACUCCUCUAAAAGGAUUGCCUUCAUCAAUUGGGGAUCUCACUUCCUUGAAGCAAUUGAACCUGUCUAAAACUCCCAUCAGAGAAUUGCCUUCAUCAAUUGGGGAUCUCACUUCCUUGAAGCGAUUGAACCUGUCUAAAACUCCCAUCGGAGAAUUGCCUUCAUCAAUUGGGGAUCUCACUUCCUUGGAGGAAUUGGACCUGUCUAAAACUCCCAUCAGAGAAUUGCAUUUGUCAAUUGGAAAUCUCAUUCGCCUUCAAGAAUUAAUACUAGAAGGAUGUGGAGACCUUACAAAUGUGCCGCACAGUGUUUACGGAGGGCUGCAACAGCUACGAAUGCUAAACCUCUCUUGGUGCCCAAAACUGGUGACAUUUCCAAGUAGGGCGAGCGCUUUGGUUUCAUCAAGUGCAGAAUCUCUUCCUUUGAUGCUUCCAUCUAAUUCAAACAAUGGGCAUGAUCAUCCUGGUUCAUUAUUGUUUCCCCAGCUAUGGUAUCUUGAUUUUGACGGAUGCCAAUUAUCAGUGGUCUCUGAUUUCCUAACGAAUCUUGACUGUGUGUCCACAUUAGAGAUACUUAAUCUAUCAAGAAGCAGUUUUGAUAGUCUUCCAGCAUGCAUCAGCAAAUUUCGCAAAUUGCAGUCUCUUAAUUUGCGUGGUUGCGAGUGGCUUCGAGAGAUUUCAGAACUUCCACCAAAUAUAGAAUAUAUAUACUUGGAUGAUUGCGUAUCGUUGGAAAGAUUUUCAAAAUUGUCAAAUAUACUGGAACAGAAAGACACUCGGGGAUUUGUUCAAUACAUGUACUUGUCUAAUUGCAAUAGACUGAUGGAUAAUCUUGGCAUGGACAUGGUGUCGAAGAUGGCAAAAGCAUUACCGUAUCAGCUGGUGCAUGCCGGCUUAGAUCAGCAUGUGAAAUGCUGGACUCUUAUGCUUCCAAGCCUCCCGGAAAUUGAAGUUCCAAAGUGGUUUGAUAGGGGUGAGGUGGACACAAGUGUGCUUCCUGGUCAUGGAACUCUUGGUAUAUGUGAAAUUUUGAUAGAAAUCCCUAGGAAUCUGAAGGCUGAGAGAAUAGGAUUGGUUGUCUGUGUUGUUUUUGAACUGAUCCAAGAUUUUUCCUGUGGUUAUGAUGGUUGUUGCUCUGUGAGGGUUCUGAUUGAUAAAAAGUAUUAUGACAUUAGUGCGAACUACAUUGAAUCAAAAGCGACAGAGUCAUCUGCUCAUGAUCAUGUAUAUGUAUAUCUGACAUGUAUUGCUUUCAAGGAGCUAGCUAGAGGUGGUGGAUCCUGUGGUUCGAGUGAUUUUUCGGGCGAAUCGUUUAGAUGCCAAAGCGUUGCUCCUAAAAAGUUUCAGGGUCCACCUGGCUAAUAUGAAAGAGGAUCAAGUAGGUGGUGAAGACUUGGCACGAGAAAGAUAUAGGCAGAGCAAUGCUAGCAUUUCUGAUCAGGUGGAUUUGGACACAGAAGGGGCAGCUGUAGCAUCAUUAGUAUCAGAUGGCAACAAUUCCGGUGAAGUACACGACGAUCAUCAUGAUGGGGAACAAGAACAACAAAGACAACCGGAACCUCAUCUUCCAACAAAAAGAUUUGAAGACCUGGCAAGACAAACAAAUAUAGGCAGAGCAAUGUUACCAUUUUUGAGGUGCUUUGGAAUUACCUGCGCACAAAGGUUCAGCUAGCUCUAGUAUCAUCAACAAGUACCUAUCGAGGCCUUGAAGUACACUACGAUCAUUAAUACUUGGAUUUCAGAAGAAGAUUUGCUUUUGCCAAAGUCGAUCUCGAAAGAUGGCAGUUGAUGGUGAGAGGGGCAGAAGCACCAAUUAAUCUGGACUCAUGUGAUGGUCAAAUCUCGAUCAAUCCACACAAACAAGGCUGGGUUUAUUCUUCAAUUUCAAUUUGUGUUUGCUCAUUGGUUUUGUUUGCUGGCUUUUAGUGCGCUCUGAAUUACAAGUGAGACUGAUAUAAUGCUAGAGAUGUUCAAACACUGGAAUCAUGUCUAUCCUUCUUGACAUUAUUAAACUCAGAUGAUUUGUAUAACAUAUAAUUUUAAUAUCACUAACUAAAG